UCAAAAUCUCUCUCGCUCUUUCUCCCUCCCUCUCUCGCUCUUUCUCUCUUUUUCUGUCUCUCUCUCUCUCUCUCUCUCUCUCUCUGCUCGCCCCCUUCUCCCUCCUCCACCUCCCCCCCUCCUCCCUUCUCUUCCUACCUGAUUCAGAUCGGCUCUGGCGCUAUGCGUGUGACCGCGUCUCUCUCUGCAAGGCGAGCUCCACGCGAGAGACCCGCGCGCUGCUGACCGCGAGACCGAGAGACCGAGAGACCCAGACGCCGGCUGAAGAGCCACUAGGGCCGGGCAACAGGAGCCGGAGACGCCGCCGCUUGAUGGAGGACAAGGAGGACGAAAUUACCGCUUAAAAAAAGAUUUGGCCGUGGACAGAGGGGAUCGGCAGCGUCCCAUUCGUCAUCCUCUUCCUCUCCUUAGCCAAGCGUCCACUUCGCCAAGCUCCAGUCUCUCCUUCCUCCUACACUGAACCUGGCAAACUUUUCUUUCACACGUUUGUCUUCUCUCCCUCUCUGUCCUCUUCCUCCCAUCUUUUAUCUUCCCUCCCUGACUGUGAGCCUGUCAUGGCGUCUAAACUGAACCCAAACGUCCUGUACGUGGCGCAGCCCGGCGAGCCGCUGGGGUCGCCACAAGACUCUGAGAGGACCCACAUUGCUGGAGAAGCUGGAGAAGAGUCAUCCGACAGCGACGGGGAACAAGAGGAGACGUCGCACAAGUUGAUCCGCAAAGUGUCGACCUCGGGACAAAUAAGGGCAAAGAAAAGUGUGAAGGAGGGGAAUCCUCUUAAAGCAGACCAGUUCUUUUCAGAGAUGGAAGAGGAGGUACUUCAAACUCAGAGGGAGGACACUCUACUACGCCAAAGACUGCAAGUCUCUGAUUUUCGAUGAAGUGGACCUAUCAGACGCCAGCGUGGCCGAGACCAGCACCAAGAACAUCAACAACAGCUUCACAGUGAUCACUCCAUUUCGCAAACUAAUGCUCUGUGCUGAGAGCAGGAAGGAAAUGGAGGACUGGAUCGGCGCUCUCAAGUCCGUCCAGAAAUGGGAAACCUACGAGGCCAGCCAGUUCAACAUGGAGCAUUUCUCCGGGAUGCACAACUGGUACGCCUGCUCUCACGCCAGACCGACCUUCUGUAACGUCUGCCGGGAGGCUCUGCCAGGCGUCACCUCCCACGGCCUGUCCUGCGAGGUUUGCAAGUUCAAGGCUCAUAAGCGCUGUGCAGUCCGCUCCACCAACAACUGCAAAUGGACCACACUGGCCUCCAUAGGAAAUGACAUCAUUGAGGAUGAGGAAGGGGUGGUCAUGCCCCACCAGUGGCUCGAAGGCAACCUGCCAGUCAGCGCUAAAUGUGUGGUGUGUGACAAGAACUGUGCAGCGUGCGGCGGCUGCAGGACUGGCAGUCUGCCUCUGUGCAAAGCCAUCGUCCACAACAGCUGUAAAGAACAAAUGGGGAAGGUGUGUCCCCUGGGUCAAUAUCGAGUGUCAAUCAUCCCUCCCACUGCACUUAACAGCAUCGACUCAGAUGGCUUCUGGAACGCCACCUCGGCCUCGUGCUCCAGCCCUCUCCUGGUCCUCGUGAACUCUAAAAGCGGAGACAACCAGGGGGUGAAGUUCCUCCGAAAAUUCAAGCAGCUUCUCAACCCGGCUCAAGUCUUCGACCUGAUGAACGGAGGACCAGAGCUCGGCCUGCGCCUUUUCCAGAAGUUUGUGACAUUUCGUAUCCUGGUGUGCGGAGGAGACGGCAGCGUGGGCUGG